AUGGACAGGAUGAAUACCAACUCCACAAAUAACAACGGGUUGCUGUCGAGAUCCGAAUCCAGGUCAGCCGCUACGACAUCGUCGCCUUCGCAGUUCGAUUUGCAGUGGGGUAGCCGGAAAGGGUUGCGCUGCAUGAAGGUCCACGGUAAGGACCACAGUACCAGCAACGACCCGUGCGGUUCGAGAACGGUUCGGCGCGCGACAGCUCGCGUAGACCGGCGAGCAGUUAGAUCUGAUACGUAUAAUAACGCGGGCAAGGACCUGAUGACAAAUAGGAGCAGCGGUGGCCAUCUGAACCUCCGUCAACGUCCAGCUUCUCCCUCUCGACGAAUUUUGAGGUAA